CGCGAACACGACUGUACAGCAUAGCGGAGUUGCUCGCUGCACGGCGCUUGCCUCCAAAUGGGUAUAUAACCCUCUCGUGGUUAGCUCGCUGCUAUCGUCAGUACACACAUUCGAAAAUAUUUAAAAGGCUCCUCACAGGCGGACGCUAGAGGACCAGUCACGUCUAUUCCGAGAGCAACGCGUCAGCUCACGCGAAAAGAAUAUACGCGCGCCGAACGCACUAGAGGAUAUAUCUUGCGAGUUUUUAGGAGCGACGAGUAUCUGGAACACGUUUUUUGCUCUCUGUCUCUCUCUCUCUCUCUUUCUCUUCCUACUGUGUGUCUGUGUGCUCCGUUGGCUGCUUCGCCCUUGCAACUUUGGGAUAAUUCCUGGGACGGAAGAAAAAUGCUGGCCGUGCAGACUAUGGAGUCUGCGAUCGUCUGUCAAGUGGAAGUUGAGAAAAAAGAGCAAGAGACCACCAAUUUGGAAGAGUUUCCACCUGAGCUUUUGAUCAAGCAUCCAUUACAAAACACAUGGACCCUGUGGUAUUAUGAACAGGACAAAAAUAAGUCAUGGGAGGAGAGUCAGCGAGAAGUCACCAGCUUCGACACAGCAGAAGAUUUCUGGAGUCUUUACAACCACAUAAAACAAGCCUCGGAAUUGAGACAAGGCUGUGACUACAGUAUGUUUAAACAAGGCAUUCGACCUAUGUGGGAAGAUGAUGCUAACAAGAAUGGAGGCAGAUGGCUGAUUAACUUGGAUAAGAAACAAAGAUCAACUGAUUUAGAUAAUUUUUGGUUAGAAAUUUUACUCUGUAUGAUUGGUGAAGGAUUUAAUGAAUAUUCAAAUGACGUAUGUGGAGCAGUAGUUAAUAUUAGGCCAAGAACAGACAAAAUUGCAGUUUGGACAGGUGAUGCUGGCACUCAAGCAAGUGUCAUGGAAAUUGGACGAAAAUUAAAAGAACGACUAAGGAUUACACCCAAAAUGAUUAUCGGAUAUCAAGUACAUAGAGAUACAAUGGUGAAGGUGGGAAGUAUGACCAAGAACACUUAUGUGGUCUAAGGUGAGAGUGUAAAUGUCAUCACAACUUUAUUUUACUGUUCUCUUUGUGGAUCUUCAAAUGAGAUCUACUUACUGGCUGGAAUCAGAUGCUGACAGAUAUAAAAUUCAGAAAUCAAGUGGAAUUUCCUUUGUCGUUACCAAUUAAACUGUUUGAAAAGUGUCAAGUAAAGUUUAAAAACUGGAGUUAUUAAAUAUAAUUGCUAAAUGAUGGAUUAAUAUAAAAGAUGUACGAAUAUGUUAUAUGUACGAUAUAUUCGAGUAUGCUUUGUGAAAUGAACGCAGGUUGCUGUUAUAUUAUAAACACUUUCAGGUAUGGAUUACAGAAACCGUUUUGAGUUUAAGUUUACUUUCUAAGUUUUUUUUCAUAGCUAAUUAUAUCAAAUAAAACAGCAAUCUGCUCAUUCUAUCGUUACUCGCAUGCUACAUUACUGAGUAGAUAUACUAAACAUCCAUUUUCAUAAAACUUAUGUAAUUCAGUUUUCUAUGUAAGGUAUAUUUGAAAGUACUGCGAAUAAAUAUACUUCUUUGUAUAAA